AGCGAGCGCGCAUGCGCACUAACGUACCCGGGCGGCAAAUUCACGCGGUCGUGUUGCUCCGUGAAAUGGCGCUUUGAGAGAAGCUCGUUCAAAUCGCUGCCGUGCUUCUCGUGAUGCUAGCUGGCGUCACGCGCGACCUGUGAAAGCUUACCCGGCCGGACCUCUUCUUCCUUGGCGCGCACACUUUGGAUUCGAGCCGGCGCGCAAGAAGACGCAGGUGCGAUGGCGAAGCGGAUCGCGGACAAAGAGCUGACGGACCGGAACUGGGACCAGGAGGAAGAGGGCGAGGAGGCCGGUACCUUCUCCGUGGCCCCGGAAGACGUGAUGAAAAACCGCGCCAUCAAGAAGGCCAAGCGGCGGAACGUCGCCGCCGAGGGAGAGGCCGGCGGCGGGGCCUUCAAGGGCUUCAAAGGUUUCUCGAUGAGCGCUUCCUCCACGCCGUCGUCCUUCUCGACCUUCGGCAACGGCGCCGGCCCCAGAGGCUCGAGCGCGCUGACGAACGGGAGCGCCGUCUCGGCGCCGCCCGCGAGCGCGGCCGGGCUGCCGUUCAACGGCUCCGCCUCCUCCGCCGGCAAGGAGUACACCCGGCAGCUGACGGCUCUCAACUGUUCCGUCCGCGACUGGAUCAGCAAGCACGUGGACGACAACCCGCUGUGCGACCUGCAGCCCAUCUUCCGCGACUACGAGCGCCACUUGGCCACCGUGGAGCGGCAGUACGGCGCCGCGCCGGCCGGCGAAGACAAAGCCUCGCUUCCCGCUUGCGCCUCCUUUUCCUUCAAGGGCAAGGCGGACGGCUCGCCCGCCGCCACGUUCAACUUCGGUCAGAAGAGCGCCGCGGCAACGUUUUCCUCCAUUGCGAGCGCGGCGUCGCCGCCCUCGGCCAAGGCGGAGCGCCCGGCAGCUUCAGAGGAGCCCGCCGGCGACGAGGCGUACGAGCCGCCGCGACCCGACGUCCGAGAGAUCAAGGAGGACGACGCCUUCUACUCCAAGAAGUGCAAGCUCUUCUACAGGAAGGACGACGAGUACAAGGAGAAAGGCGUGGGCACGCUGCACCUCAAACGCACGGAGGGCGGCAAGACGCAGAUGAUCAUCAGGGCCGACACCAAUCUGGGAAACAUCCUCCUCAACAUCCUGCUGUCGGCCGACGUCAAGUGCUCGCGCGCCGGCAAGAACAACGUGGUGGUGAUGUGCGUGCCCAACCCGCCCGUCGACGCCCGCGAGCCGGGCGCCCCCGUGCCCCUCCUCCUCCGCGUCAAGACCGCCGACGACGCCGACCAGCUGCACCGCACUCUGGAAGAGAGGAAGGGCUGAGGGGGGGGGCACACACACGCACACACAGACGCUUGUUGAGCUGCGACGUGGCCUCCGGCGGUUAUUCCACCUCUGACUUGCCCUCUUUUUUAUUUUCCUGCUGAGCUGAACCACGAGGAGCGACCCCCCCACCCCCUCUCCAACAUGGACUUUGACAGACUUGUUUGGGUGUUUUGGGUUUUUUUUUUUCCUCUCCCCAAGUGGCCUUGGCAGCGCCCCCGCCCCUUCCCCCAGACACCCGUUGGGAAUAAAUGGAAAUAAGAA